AUUUGGUAAUAUAAUUUUUUUUAUAAUUUUUUCUAGAUAUAUAUUUACACUAAUUCAAUUUACUACAAACAUUUUGUUACAAAUGGGAUACUUUGUUUACUUUGGACGGGCCAAUCCAAUUGAUUGCGCUGCAGAAUAUUUUUGCAGCGUAUUUCCCGAAGAUGAGGAGAUUUCAUCACACCUGACUUUAAAUGGAAAAACUGGACCUGGGGGAUGCAAAUUGCGAGACAGUCGGUUCGCUCAAGCAUGUCAAGAUGCCAUAAACGCCAAUAAACAUUUUUCCAACCCCAACAACGUCGAAUUCCACGAAGCUUUGGAGAAGGCUCUGAAAAGCCUUAAAACCAGAAAAUGGCGUUACAAUAGGAAACCACGACAAGCCCCUCUUCAUGAAGAAAAUGAGGAAUUCCCACCAAAUCGACGCCGGCGAAUGGACAGCCCGGAAGAGGACAUUAUAGGAUUCGAGGACAUUCAGGAGGAAACUGUAGACGCCAACGAAGUUGUGGAGACCCAGCACAUGGAGGGAGCUGAAAAUGAUUAAAUGGACACCCAGCACACGGAUGGAACAGAGAACAAUGAUGUCGACAUCCAGAACAUAGAUACAGUUGAAUACGCCGACGAUUUUGAGGACAACAUGGAUGAGGACGAUGACCAGACCGUGGAGAAGAUGGCACAGGACAAAGAUCUGCAGGCGCUAUUGGGAGAGCAGGAAAACUUGAUGAAGGAUGAUUUAUACGGCAAGACUGGUAAAUUAAUUCUAUUCAGC